AUGGAACCGCUCACAACCCCUAAUCCGGACCGGUUCUCCAAGGCCUUGGGGCUAUCCUUAAUUGGCUCGAACACGUCGGGGAAGAUCUGGUUGUUUGUUGAAGAAGGAGCUACUUUUGAUAUUGAUUGUGAUACGGAACAAAUCCUACAUGGGCGGCUUAUGUCUCACCGGCUUACUAGCCCACUAGCUAUCUCGGCCGUGUACGCCAAAUGCACAAGGUCCGAGAGAUACCCACUGUGGGAUAGGUUGAGAGAGAUUGCGUGGCCCCUCGAAAGAACACCGUGGAUUGUAGGUGGUGACUUCAACACCAUCCUCUUGCACCGGGACAGAAUUGGGAGCGACACCAACCGGCAAGCCGAGAUGGUCGAUUUUGCGGAGGCAAUUGAAGACUGCAGGCUCCUCGACCCCGGGUUCGAUGGGGCGGACUUCACAUGGGCCAAAAAUGGUCUCUUUGAACGAUUGGAUAGAGUGCUCGUUAGUGAAGCUUGGACCAGGGUCUUUGAGGCCACUCGGGUUACGAACCUCCCAAGGAUUGCCUCGGACCACGGCCCAGUUCUAGCAAGAUGCAACAUGUCAAUUUCUACCAAUGGAGGCAAGGCGUUCAGGUUCCUAAACAUGUGGAUCCGACACGAGGCUUUUAUGGCUGUUGUACAGAAUGCAUGGGAGGAACCCACGAGGGCUGGGGGACUUUUAAACACCCAAAUCAAGUAUGCUAGAGUUAAAAGUGCUCUAAAGAAGUGGAACAAAGAGGUUUUCGGGAACAUCCAUGCGAACGUUAAGGACAAGGAAGAAGCUAUCGAGCUGGCCCAAUCCGAGUUCGAGGCAAGGCCAACGCCCCAGAAUAGGACAACGAUCAAUAAACACAUUGCCGAGUACAUCCUCCUGCUGCGAAUGGAAGAGGACUUUUGGCGGCAAAAGGCAGCCCUGAGAUGGCUAGCCGAGGGUAUCAAGAACACUCGGUUCUACCAAAGCUGGGUGAAACAAAAAAGGGUCCGGCUGCGUAUCCAUUCGAUCCGUGCCAAUGGACCAGAGCUAAUUGAGGAAGAGGAUAUAAAAAAGUCAGCGGUGGACUUCUUCCAACAACUUCUCGCACCUAGCAAUUCGGCACUCGAAGAACCGGACCUCGACCUAAUCCAGCAAGUCCAUUCAGACGAGCAUUUUGCAGAUAUCGCAAAGGUCAUUGCCCCAAACCAAAGCGGCUUUGUUAAAGGGCGGCUUCUCAAUGAUAAUGCGCUGCUGGCUCAAGAGAUGUUCCAUGAACUUGCACGGUGCUCUCCAGUGCCUAAUGUAGCGGUGAAGAUUGAUAUGGCCAAAGCCUACGAAAGGGUCCAAUGGCCUUUCCUAUUUAAGGUGCUUCGACGCAUGGGAUUCCCGGAAGCAUGGAUCUCGCUUAUGGAGGGGUGUAUAAGCUCGUGCUGGUUCUCGAUUCUUAUCAAUGGGGCACCAUCGGGUUUCUUCAAAUCAACACGAGGUCUCCGCCAAGGCGAUCCGAUAUCCCCCGCCUUGUUUGUGAUAGCAGCGGACUACUUGUCACGAGCACUAGACAAGCUCAUACUCGGCCAAAAGGAGAUGACCUUCAAAGCCUCCCGAAGAUGUAUCGAGAUCAGCCAUCUAGCCUAUGCGGAUGACUUAAUUAUAUUCACACAAGUGGCGGCUACCUCCUUGCGCCGACUCAGAGCUUGUCUUGAAAAUUUUGAAAAAGUCUCAGGCCAAGAAAUCAGCCUUGCCAAGAGCAACUUCUACAUUGCGGAAAUUCAUGAGCAAUGGGCAAGCUCGAUUCAAGCGGAAGAGGGUUUUUCUAUGGGGGCCUUCCCGUUCCUCUACCUAGGCGUCCCCAUCUACCGAGGUGUAAAGCGCACAGACAUGUUCCUCUUCCUCCGUGAGAAAAUUGCAAGAAGAGUCUCAGGGGAGCUCAGCCUCGAUGAAAGGGGGAGUCCUACCACUCGGGUGUCAGAGUAUAUUAGGAAUGGCUCGUGGGAUGCACCCAAGCUCCAACUCCUUCAUGAUCAGGCCGGCAUUCCACAGCACAUCAUUGAUCACAUCCUCAACACCCCGAUCCUCCACGGUGAAAAGGACAUCCCGAGGUGGACCCUUUCUAAACAUGGGGAAUUCACGGUGGCCUCGACAUGGGACACAAUCCGAGGGCAGCACCCGCUCAUUCAGGGACUGGGCAAUGUUUGGAAGGCGGGUCUCACUACUUCCAUAGCCAUCUUCAUCUAG